CUGCCGCCCAUUUACGUCAUCAAUUUUCAGUUAAAUUACACAUUUUGUUUUGGAGUAUCUCUUUUCAAGUGCAAACAAAUAGUUGGUGUUUCUUUUCGAGUUCUUAGUUGUUUCAUGUGGGGUGGCCUCUCAAAACGUCAUAUCCUGUUUGUGAGCGUUUGGACGGGGCCUGCUGAUUAAUUGAAGCACCAGCAAUAACAGGGGACUGAAGGUAAAAGCAAAGAUUGUUAUAACGUAAAAGGGAGAACAAUAAUGCCGGAAAAAAAUACAUAUGAACUGUAAUUCCAAAUCAUAACGAUUUGUAAUUCUUUAAAAGUUGACUAGUAAAAACUAACGUACAAUUCGCGAGUUUACACGACCACCGUUUUACUAACGUUAUGCUAAGUUAGCUAACUAACCUGCAAUAACACGCCGCCGUUGUGGGAAGAAAAACAAGCUCAGCUGGCAUUCGUUGGUUAUUUUUUGGAGGAUGUGAGACAGAGAUCAAUACACCACCUUGGAGAAUCUGCAGAGGAUUUGCUACUUCGUGAGAGUGUUAUCCAGUUUGCUAUUAUUUCGGGGAGAGGGUCUCUUUGGCUAAAGUAUCUACAGAAGUCAAGGUAUUGAGUGGCGUUUUUGUCAGAGACACAUCUGACGCCCUUCGCCAACAGUCACAGCUCCCCCCCAUAUUCCCCCUGUGACCACACCCUGACACCACGCAACCCUCCGUCCUCUGCCCCAGCAUGAACGACAUCAGUGUGGUCAGAGAGGGCUGGCUCCAUAAGAGGGGAGAGUACAUUAAGACGUGGAGGCCGCGGUACUUCAUCCUGAAGAGCGAUGGCUCCUUCAUCGGCUACAAGGAGAAACCAGAGAUGUCGUCCGACCACAGCCUCCCACCCCUCAACAACUUCUCUGUGGCAGAGUGCCAGCUGAUGAAGACAGAACGGCCCAGGCCCAACACGUUUGUCAUCCGCUGCCUACAGUGGACCACAGUCAUAGAGCGCACCUUCCACGUGGAGAGUAACGAGGAAAGGGAGGAAUGGAUGAGGGCGAUCCAAGCGGUGGCCAACGGCCUGAAGAUGCGAGAGGAAGAGGCUCCCAUGGACGUCACGUUUGGCUCCCCCAGCGACUGCAGCAGCAUGGAGGAGAUGGAGGUGGCCAUGUCCAAGUCCCGCAACAAAGUGACCAUGAGUGACUUUGACUACCUGAAGCUGCUAGGGAAGGGAACGUUUGGCAAGGUGAUCCUGGUGAAGGAGAAGGCCACAGGAAUGUACUACGCCAUGAAGAUCCUGAGGAAAGAAGUCAUCAUCGCUAAGGAUGAGGUAGCACACACAGUAACAGAAAGCAGAGUCCUUCAGAAUACAAGGCAUCCCUUCUUAACGACACUGAAAUAUGCGUUCCAAACACAUGACCGGCUAUGCUUUGUGAUGGAAUAUGCAAACGGAGGAGAGCUGUUCUUUCACUUGUCGCGAGACCGUGUGUUCACAGAAGACCGGGCACGGUUCUACGGUGCGGAGAUUGUGUCUGCGCUGGAGUACCUCCACUCACAGGACGUUGUCUACAGGGACCUGAAGCUGGAGAACUUAAUGCUGGAUAAAGAUGGACACAUAAAGAUCACAGAUUUUGGACUGUGUAAAGAGGGAAUCACAGACGGGGCUACCAUGAAGACCUUUUGUGGGACUCCAGAAUACCUUGCACCUGAGGUAUUAGAGGACAAUGACUACGGCCGAGCGGUGGACUGGUGGGGCCUGGGUGUGGUCAUGUAUGAGAUGAUGUGCGGUCGACUGCCCUUUUACAACCAGGACCACGAGCGGUUGUUUGAGCUCAUUCUCAUGGAGGAGAUCCGCUUCCCCAAGAACCUGGCCCCCGAAGCCAAGGCCCUGCUUGCUGGCCUGCUCAAAAAGGACCCCAAGCAGAGGCUUGGAGGUGGACAAGAAGAUGCCAAAGACGUGAUGACUCAUAUGUUCUUCACCACCAUCAACUGGCAGGAUGUGGUAGAGAGGAAGCUCUUGCCUCCCUUCAAGCCCCAGGUGACGUCAGAGACGGACACGCGAUACUUUGACGAUGAGUUCACGGCACAGACCAUCACCGUAACGCCCCCGGACAAGUACCACAGCUUAGAUGCAGAAGACCAGGACCAGCGCACACACUUCCCUCAGUUCUCUUACUCCGCCAGCAUACGGGACUGACCUCUCUCGCACACACUUCCCUCAGUUCUCUUACUCUGCCAGCAUUUUGGACUGACCUCUCUCGCACACACUUCCCUCAGUUCUCUUACUCCGCCGCCAGCAUACGGGACUGACCUCACACACUCACAUGAGCAGGCAAGCUACCACAUGUUCACACACUAGCACUGCUGGGGAAAUGAGUGCGCGUGUGCACACAGACUGACACACUCAAACAAACACUUGCACAAGACACACACACACACCAGGAAGUGGUGAAAACAUGGAUCCUAGAGCAUGACGUGAUGACUGACCUCAGCAGGCCUGUGUGGAUAGACUGGCGGCCCUGUCUCUCAUUCUGACGGGACCAGGUGGAACAGGACAGGGCUGCCCUUGGCCAUGCCUGCAGGACCCCACCUGUCUGCCCUCCACACUACUACUACACUGGGCACAUCAAAAUAUCAACAACACUUUACCAUCGCUGGGUUAUGCCAGCAAAUACCACUCCACCACCAGCCAAACGCAUGCUGCACCUAUCCAACACACACGAAGUCUCUGACAAGCAACACAUUAAUCCUUCCAUACACUGCAGAUGAUUUUUUUUGUUUUUUUUUACUACUGGAUAAAAAAAAAAUAAUAAUAAUAAUCCAAACAAAUGUAGAAACACAUGAAAGAAUAAGAAAAAUAUUUUUUUGGGGGGGGAGGGUGAAAAAUAUUUAAACUAGUUUUUAUUUUGAUUGUUACGGUUUUAAAAGCCAUAUUUCUGCAAUUUACAAGUGCUCUUGCUGAAACUUGCUGUUACAAGUCGUGUGGACUGUUCCUACAGAGGGAAAGUGGAGUGGGAGAGGGGUAAGAAGAAGUGUGUACCUUGAAGAGUAGCCAUUUCCCUGCUUGCACUGUGUAUAGGAAUGGGUUUGAGUGUGUGGAAGAGAAUGUAUGAACAACCAUUUGAAUUUCAACAUCAGUUUUAUGUUUAUGCAUCUGCAUGGAUAUCUUUGGAUUCUGCAUGUCGGCUAAACAAGGAGAAGAAAGGACACUACAGCACAGUCGAUGAGACUUUUAAAGGGAAAAGAGAGGUGGUGGAGUUGUAGCUUCAGCAGCCCUGUGGAUUGACUUGUUCCCUGGUGGUUAGAACAGUCAUGAGAAAAGAAAGAAUAGAAGAGUGACCACAGCGCCAGCCUGACCAAUCCCCUGUCCGGAGCCCAGUCCAGAUCCCCACACAGCCAUUCACAUUUUUCCAGUAGCUGUCACUCCCUCUGAGCAGAAAUAUCCUGGAGAAUAGCUGUCAAUCAUUUUUUCAAAUCAUCUGUUCACUUUUUAUGUUGAUGUAAAGAUCUGUUGUUUUUUAAAUAAUUGGAACGUUUCCAUAUUUAAGGAUGAAACCGUUUUAAUCAUGGAUCAAUUAUUAUUUGUGAUGAGGCCAAGCUAGACUCAUCACGAGGUUGAUAUUGAAGGUGGUGGUUAGUGUUUUUAAAGUAAUAUAAGACACAGACUAAGUCAUUUGUCAGUAUGCCGGAGUAGGACCAUGUAAACAAGGGUUGGUGUCAAUUUAGGAAGUCAACGGCGUUAGUCAUGGAUUGAAAUGGAAUUGACUCCAAUUCUGGUGUGAUGCUGUAUAUAAUGACGAGAUGGUCUUGUCUCUGCUCAAACAAAGGGAGUCGUCCCAAAGGCGGGAGGGUAGUCAAUCUGCUUAUCGCUGUAUUCUCUCGUAGACAGAUUUUGACGGAAGCGGAACCCUCACAUGAUGCACCAGUCUUGAAUGCGUGCCUACUCCCCGUAAGGCAUAUAGAGAAGUGGUCACAGGUGAAACAACCAUUGUGAGCCACAACUAAGUGCUGUGACAUUUAAUUUUUGCCUUAAAAAAAAAAAGAUUCCUUCACUCAUGGAACAUUUCAUUUAUCUUUGUUCUUGAUAUAAGUUGUUCCCUUUUGGUCCACCUAUUCCAUAACUUUGGAAGACAUUGUCUCAAUUGUAUAUUAUAUUAAAUGUGUGUGUGUAUAAAACAAGUUUAAACAUGUUUAUUUCUUUAGGUUGUUCAUUUCGAUCAUUCAUGUGUUCCUUUGUGUGUGUGUGUGUGUUUGUGUGUACUCAUGCACAGCAGCAGGUUGAUGUGGGGCAUUGUAGAACAGCUCUCGAGUCUGUACCUGUAUCCUCCGUACCUCAGUGGGUUAGUAUAGUCUGACUGCUGUACUCCAAGGCUGAGGCUAUGAGAAACGGCAGGACCGGAUUUCAGGGACAACCUCCCUCUGAUGGACCUCUCAUGUCGUCUUCAAUGUUAGGAUGGCCACGAGGGGGUGUUGUGGACCUUUUGUAAUGUUGACACUGGCAGUAAAGCCACACGUCUCUGAACCUUGUUGCUCUCUGUCUCAAUAAAUUGACCAUGCUUUGUCUAGUAGUGUGCACACCUAACAUGCAAGCCAACACCCCUGACCUCUCUUGUAGGUUUUACACACAGACAAUCGAUAUGGAACUCUUCACUGGCAAUGUAAAUACCAAAAAGGUUUGAUGAAUGCAUCAUUUAUAGGCUAGAAGAGGGGAAAUCCACAGCUUUGUAGAUAGAAUGUGAGUUGUAGCUUUACAAUGAUUACCUUGCUUCUCUGUAUUUUGAAUGUGAUCAAUAGUCACGAAUGUCAUAUUGCAAUGCUGGUGUACCAAGAGUUCUUAGCUUGUUUUUGAGUUGAGGUUUACCUGGGGAGGAGCUAUGUUUUUAGGGAGAAGACUAUGUCCUGGUAGACAGCUUCGGCUCCCUUGUUACAAGUAUGUGCCAGUAAAGACUUUUACUGAAUUAA